AUGUUCGGAGUUAAAAACGAUUUUUCUGUUAUUUCCACUCAACUUUCUCUCAAUUCACGUCGUGCUGCUGGUGGAACAGAGGCACGUUCUCUGCUAGUCAACAUUUAUCAAAUUCGUUUGUGGAAACUUCUGCACAAAGGCGAGCAACAAGAUACUGAGGCGAUCAAUGACACCCUUAAAUGUAAUACAAAUGAAUUAUUGCAUACUAUCGUUGCGCUUUACGAUUCUACACUGCCUGAUAUUGGUGCUGAAACAAUUUAUAAUACGAUUUGUGACAAAAAAGUUGUUACUAUUCUUGUUGUUAUCGAAAACAAUAAUUCUCCUAAAAUAACCCCUCAACGGGAAUCAGAAGAUGAUCAAGUUAUCAAUAAAGAAGAUUGUCUCGAUAAACUUGUAGAAGAUAUUAAUUAUCCCGAUAGUGUAUUUAAAAAUGUGUUUUCUGAUUCGGAAUCUAGUAGUUCAUCGGAAGAAGACGUUGAUGAUGGGAACAGUGCGACUGAUUACUCGACGGGAAUUGGAAAAUUUUUAGAAAAAGUAAAAUCAUGUUCAAUUAAUAUUCAACAAAAGCUAGUGGCGUGUGUUACUUUUCAAAAAGUGACAACAUUUCAACAACCCUGUCAGGAGGAACACGUUAUCGAUCUUCAACUAAUGGCUUGUAGGAAGAAAUAUCGUAAUAAUGGUAUCGGACGAUAUCUAGUCAAAUUGUUAAUGGAUCGUGAUUAUAUCGGAGAGUAUGACGCUAUUGUCACAGCAGCAGAUCAAAAAGCAAUCGAUUUUUAUCGUAAAUUUGGUUUUACAGAAGAUGCGAUACUCACAAGCAAAUACAGGCAGCGGACAAUGUUUAGUAGUUAUCAAAACCAAGCUGCUUUAUUUAAUCGUUUAAAAAAUGAAAUGAUUGGACUCUAUGCAAAGAUCAAUACACAAGAAUUGAUGAUAACAUCAUUACACAAAGAAAAUGUAUCACUUAAGACACGAUUAGCAAAAUUAGAACAAAGACAAGGAGAUAGAAGAUCUAGUGAAGAAUUGUACGACGAAGAGGAAAAUACUACUGACAACUAUUUCUUGAUAAAACAAUUGGAGAAAGUAUCACUACGAAACGAACAAUCUCUCAUCGGUUGGUAG